UGCAAUUGCAUCUCUGUUUAGCAUGGGCAGUUACCAGGAAGUUACUUGAAGUCCCAUAAAAGAAGUUAUGAAUGCGGUGACUACACAGAUAAGUUUGAGUACUAUGGUGAAGAAGGUGUCAGCAAUGCUGCUGCCGAUGACGAUUUUGCUGAUCAACUGAAACAGUAUAAACAAGCAAAGGAAGCUGCAGCUGUGGUACAGUCAAAUGUUUUACCUCAAGGACCAGUAAAUAAACAAAUGAAAGGUGUGCAGAAAGGCCCUGAGCAGACACCUAAGGGACGUGCUGGCCGAGGACGUGGUUCAAUGAAGAAACAGCAAAAAUACAAAGAUCGGGGAAGGGGACGGGGAAGGGCAGCUGGCAAAGGACCUCAUUCUUCACAUGAGGAUGGUAAUAAGACAAAAAAAUGGACAAACAUGAGUCAGGAGUUCAUAAGUCAGCAUACCGUUGAGCACAAAGGAAAACACAUCUGCAGAUAUUUUCUUGAAGGUCGCUGCAUUAAGGUAGCUGAAAUUAAUUUUUCUUUCCUGUUUUUGGACGUGUGUAUCGAAUUUCAGGUGUUCAUCGAUAGUGACCCCAGGAAGUUUAGCAAAGGGGACAACUUCUAUAGAGGAGUUGGCAUGGCUGAUGAUAUUGAAGGAUUGUUUGUCAAAUCACAUGAGUAUCCUUGCAAGUUUUUCCACACAGGAACGAAGUGUUACCAGGGAGACAACUGCAAGUUUUCUCAUGCUCCACUUACUGAUGAAACAAGAGUGCUUCUGGAAAAGGUUUUGAAUACUGAAGAAACACCACCUAAUGAAGAUGUGCAGGAUUUAAAAGAACUAAGACGACAGGGGCUGGUUCCCCUUCCCAAACCACCACCUGGGGUAGGACUUCUACCAACUCCACAGUUCCCUAGAUCACCUACAGGAAGCUCAGAACAUGAUAUUUUUGAUCCUUCAAACCAGAAGAUACCAUUGUUAUUCGAAGUUCUUGGCAAAUCUACUGGAGAUCCAUCUCAUACAGUCGGAUGCAGGCCCAGCUUUUACAACAGCACAUCACCACCAGCUCAUUUCCAAGGCAGCAGUCCACCAAUACAGCACGUUUAUGGUUGUGAGUCAAGGACAAGUCCAGGUCGUGCUUCUGGGAUCUCUCAAGGACAAAAUGGUUCAUUCAGUCAUCCUUGUUCCCCAGAUCAUCAUGGGCAUCAGACUUAUGGAAGACAUAGUGCACACACACAGCAAAGUCCACCUGUGCAUUCUCUACCACCAUCUUUUGUAGGAUCUUCGGUGCAAGUACACCCCUCUAUGCAAAUAUUUCCAACAACCCUACCUCAAAAUAAGUCUGGGUCGCAAGGACCUGUGAUGAAAAUUCCUAUAGGACAUCAUCAGCAACCACAGACAGUGAUAGGUUCACCUUAUCACAUAAACUCUAUAGGCCAGCAGCAUGUAGUACAAGACACCAUUUCUUAUGAUAAUGUAGCUGGUUAUGAUGGUUUGCUGGACAGCACUUUAAUGCAGAGUUCACUGUGCAGCCCAGAAGCUCCUAAUCAUGCUGAAGGUGAUACUGGAAAUUGGUAUUCCAGUGAUGAAGAAGAGGGAGGCAGUGUUAAGUCUAUAUUGAAAACAUUGAAGAAACAAAGUGAAGAUCUAAGGCAGAAGAAGCAUUCCACCAACUUGACUGUGAGUAAUCCUGUUGAUUCCAGGUCAGCCAAGGAAGGGGUGCUGAGAAUUCAGUCUUCACUUGCUCAGUCAAGAUGCACUGUACCACAGACUAUUGCCAGUGAAACAGAAAGAAUUAAUAAAUCUGUCAGCCUUGACCCAAAGCUUGCUUGGGAUCCUCGAAUGCAGAAAUCUCAAGAGAACACUGGAUCCGAUAGCAGUGGUGGAAUAAAAGCAGAGUUGCAUCAUGCACUUAAACUGAAGAAAGUCAAACAACAAGGGAAUGAUUAUGAUGAUCAUGAUGUGGAAAGAGCAUUACGAGAAAAAGCUGUUAUAAUACCUUUAGAGCCAUUGCCGUCUGUACUUUUGAGGGAUCCAAGAUCUCAACUUAGGCAGUUCAGUCAUAUCAAAAUGGAUGUGGUACUCACAAAGCCUAAUUUUGCUAAACAAAUUCACUGGGCUGCUGAAGAUCUCCUCCCUUUGCCACUGCCUAAAUCUGAUCCAGUAUAUUCAAUCAGAUUGCCACUUCCACCUUUAAUAGCUGAUCAGCAGCUUAAUAAAGUACAUGAUUUAGGUAGCCCACCUUCUCAAUCUGUGGUACCUGCAGAUCCAAGGUUAGCUGGUAGGGCAAAAGAUGUACCAUUACAUAAAAGUGGAGAAAGAACUCAUUCUACAGAGCUCAAGAAUUCUGCACCUAAAUUGAUAGAUCCUCGAUUGCAGAAGCUUCUGGAUCCAAGACUCAACAAAUUGUCUGGCACAGAUUCUACAAAGGAACUUACUGCUAAAAUAGUUGAUCCUCGAUUAGCCAAGUCCACUACUGGUAGUUUGCAUACUUCUGGUGUUAAUAAUGUCAGGACUAAUCCAUUUCCUUCAUAUCUUCCUAAACUUUCAUCUGUGGGUAAUGGACUAGGAAAUGCAAACAUUCUCAGUGACAUUAAUUUAUAUGACCCCAGAAACCACACUUUGUCUUGCCUGGAUGGAUCAGUAGCAGAAGGAGAACAUCAGAAAUUGUUGGAAACUUUGAAAGAAAAGAACACUGAACCUGCAUUGUCAGACUCUGUAAUAACACAAGAUCAGGGUGAAUUAAACAGUUCAGCUGGUGGCAGUGAAGAGCAGGAUAAUCACUUAAACAAGUUACAGCGUAAAUCUAAGAGAGCACACUCAGCUGCUGCUCCUGCAGUUCACCAUCUACCUGUUCAGGCUUUAGCUGGCAUAAUUCGACCACAGUACACUGACCCGAGACAGAAAUCAUCUGGGCAAGGAGGUGAAAUACAAGAUGGUGACACAAAUGGUGAACCAGAUGAUAAGCCUUUGAAAGACAAGUUUAAGACAUUUGAUCCAGCAACGUCACCUUUUUGUUAACAUAUUUUCUAAUAUGUAUUUUUAAUACACAAACUAUAUUGUUCUCAGCUGUUUUCACAUAUUUAUUUUAAUUUAUUUUGCAUAAUUGGCUGUUAAUCAUUUUGUAUGUUAACUAAUAUACUGUGGUGUUACACAAACUGAUUUGUAUUUCUUUCUUAUGUAGUGACAAAUGGUUAAAUGCUCAUCUCAGUCAUUUUUUUAAUUCUUCCAAGACACUCAAAUUGUAAACUACAGCUGAAAGGCAUUGUACAGAAUAAUUGCAGUAUUUUAGUGUGUGAAAGAUUUCUUCAAGAGGAAGUAUGGUUAAGUUUCUGACAUAUUUCAUUGCAGCAUACAGUACAUAUUCUUUAACUUUUUAUAUAUUAUUUUAUAAAUGAAACCAAAUAUGAAAAAUUAACCUUUUUUGUUGCAUUUUAAGAUGUCCUUUCCUUCACUGUUGCAGUAUUCUUUACAUCUGGGAUUCUCUGACUAGGGUAGCCUGAUGUCCGGCCAGUAUACAAAAGCCUUAGAUUGCUUUAAGGUACGCCGUACAUCACACACAUGCUCCUCACAUAAUGUAGGCCAUAAAGGUAACCUCUGGAUGUACCAUCCUCAAAUCUUCUUUGCCACCAGUCUGAAUGCCGUCUUUCAAUCAUCGGUCUGAAUGCCUACGUUCCCUUGCUGAUUUCGGAGUCAUUGCAUAUAAGUGCCCCAAUGUUUUUUUUUUUUUCUUGUCUCUAAAUCCAAGGCUUCCUUUUCAUACCCUUCUUCCCUUUCGGGAAGUGUUCACAGAUGUUUCAGAUGUGGGCUGGGAAGUGUUUUUUGGCUCCCCAAAGGUGCAGGGGGUGUGGUUGCUUCUUCAACAGAAGGAGCAAAUCAGUGUCAAAGAGAUGAGAUCUCUUCUGCUGGCUCUUCAGGCUUUUCAUCCUCUUUUCUUCCCAGGAACUUUCAAGGUCUUUACAGACAGUACCACAGUGAUGUGGUAUAUAAACAAA